AUGUCCCUCACCGUCACCACCACAGAAUGCGCCCCCACGGCACAACCGCUGCCGGUGCAUGACCACGGUUCGGCCCCCGCCAACGUAGUAAUCCGCCAGGACCCCUUCUACAUAACCCUCGACGCCCCCGCCCUCCUCGCCGUGUCCAUCCUCCUCGUCCUCGGCAUGCACUUCGUCGACCGCCCGGUUCUUGAAACCCUCAUCAUCCUCGUCCCCACCUCCCUCCUCAUCCGUAACGACUACCUCAACUUCCUCAAACUCGGCCCCGGCGGCACCCCGCCCACCCCAGUCGGCUAUGCACGCCUGACCUUCUACCGCCUCUUCACCCUGCGCGACCCCUUUGUCCCACCCCCCGUCGACCCGGCCCAGAAGCCCGCCGCGGGUAUUCUUGGCGCCGACUUGCCGUAUCGUCCCGGUCCGCGGCCGGCUGUGGCGGGAUUGGCGCCGCAGCGCCAGCUUAACCAGCACGGUUCGACAGGGGCGUAUGACCGGCUGCGUGGGGCUAUUGAGGCGCUUGCGGUGCGGGAUCCGAAGCGGUUUGUCACGGCAACUUCGUGUUUGGAGAAGCAUGGCUUUGCGCUGUUUUCGCGGCACCCGGUGAAUGUGUGUGGGAAUGGGGAGGUGUGCCAUAUUCACUCCUCCGACAGAUCCCUACACCUGAACCUGCACCCCGACGACAUACGCGAAGUCUUGGAGAAAGGUUGGGGCCAGCGGCAUCCGAUGGCAUGGGAGGGGAUGUUGGUCAGGAGCCCAGUACCGAGAACAUUCAUGAUGAUAUACGCUCCCAGGGAUGAAAACGACUUGAAAAUUGUAGGCCGCAUCAUCGAGGCGGCGAUUUGGUACACCGACGCUGAGAAGGCGGAGGUACGGCCCGUGACGGAGGGUUGA